GGCGGGCGGGGCAGGGCAGGGCAGGGCAGGGCGGCAGAACCGCAGCCCUCCCCCGGCCAUCCCGGCCGGCCCGGCCCCCGGGGAGCGCGGGGCAGCGCCCGGGGCCGGCGGCAUCACCAUGGGCCGGCCGGGCAGGGUGCUGCGGCUGCUGGCGCUGCUGGAGCUGCCCUGCUGCCUGCUGGAGCUGCUGCUCGGCCAGGCGGCCCGCGGGCAGGAGAUGUACGCGCCCCACUCCAUCCGCCUGGAGGGGGACAUCACCCUGGGCGGCCUCUUCCCCGUGCACGCCAAGGGCCCCCCGGGCUUCCCCUGCGGGGACAUCAAGAAGGAGAACGGCAUCCACAGGCUGGAGGCGAUGCUCUACGCCCUGGACCAGAUCAACAGCGACCCGGACCUGCUGCCCAACGUCACGCUGGGCGCCCGCAUCCUGGACACUUGCUCCCGGGACACCUACGCGCUGGAGCAGUCCCUCACCUUCGUCCAGGCGCUCAUCCAGAAGGACACCUCCGACGUGAGGUGCACCAACGGCGAGCCGCCCGUCUUCGUCAAGCCGGAGAAAGUAGUUGGAGUGAUCGGGGCGUCGGGAAGUUCCGUGUCCAUUAUGGUGGCCAACAUCCUCCGGCUGUUCCAGAUCCCACAAAUCAGUUAUGCCUCAACUGCACCAGAGUUGAGCGAUGACAGGCGCUAUGAUUUCUUCUCACGGGUGGUUCCUCCAGAUUCCUUCCAAGCACAAGCAAUGGUGGACAUUGUGAAAGCUUUGGGAUGGAAUUAUGUAUCCACUUUGGCAUCUGAAGGGAAUUAUGGAGAAAAAGGAGUCGAGUCCUUCAUGCAAAUUUCCAGAGAGGCAGGUGGGCUCUGCAUCGCCCAGUCCCUGAAGAUCCCCCAGGACCGCAAGGACAAGAGCAUCGACUUUGACAGGAUCAUCCGGCAGCUGCUGGAGACGCCCAACGCCAGGGCCAUCGUCAUCUUCGCCAACGACGAGGACAUCAGGCAGGUCCUGGCAGCUGCCAAGAGGGCGGAUCAGGUGGGACAUUUCCUCUGGGUGGGCUCCGACACCUGGGGCUCCAAGGUGAGCCCGCUGCUGCAGCAGGAGGACGUGGCCGAGGGAGCCAUCACCAUCCUGCCCAAGAGAGCCACCAUCGAGGGCUUUGACACCUAUUUCACCUCUCGCACCCUGGAGAACAACAGGAGGAACGUGUGGUUUGCAGAGUACUGGGAGGAGAACUUCAACUGCAAGCUGACCAUCACUGGCUCCAAGAAGGAGGACACGGACAGGAAAUGCACAGGGCAGGAGCGCAUCGGGAAGGACUCGCACUACGAGCAGGAGGGGAAGGUGCAGUUCGUGAUCGAUGCUGUGUACGCCAUGGCCCACGCCCUGCACCACAUGAACCGCGACCUGUGCGCCGACAGCGCCGGGCUGUGCCCCGAGAUGGAGCAGGCGGGGGGCAAGAGGCUGCUCAAGUACAUCCGCAGCGUGCACUUCAACGGCAGUGCUGGCACUCCAGUGAUGUUCAACAGGAACGGGGACGCCCCGGGGCGCUACGACAUCUUCCAGUACCACAGCAGCAACACCAGCACGCCCGGCUACCGCCUGGUGGGCCAGUGGACAGACGACCUGCAGCUCAACAUCGAGGAGAUGCAGUGGGGCGGAGGGGUGCGCGCCGUGCCCCCCUCGGUGUGCAGCCAGCCGUGCCGGCCGGGCGAGAGGAAGAAGAUGGUGAAGGGGAUGCCGUGCUGCUGGCACUGCGAGCUGUGUGACGGGUACCAGUACCAGGCCGACGAGGUCACCUGCCUGCUGUGCUCCUACAACGAGCGGCCCAACGAGAACCGCACCGGCUGCCGCUCCAUCCCCAUCAUCAAGCUGGAGUGGCACUCGCCCUGGGCCGUCAUCCCCGUCUUCCUGGCCAUGCUGGGCAUCGUAGCCACCAUCUUCGUGGUGGCCACGUUCAUCCGCUACAACGACACGCCAAUCGUGCGGGCCUCGGGCCGCGAGCUCAGCUACGUGCUGCUGACCGGCAUCUUCCUGUGCUACAUCAUCACCUUCCUGAUGAUCGCCAAGCCCGACGUGGCCGUCUGCUCAUUCCGCAGGAUCUUCCUGGGGCUGGGCAUGUGCAUCAGCUACGCGGCCCUGCUGACCAAGACCAACCGCAUCUACCGCAUCUUCGAGCAGGGCAAGAAGUCGGUGACGGCGCCGCGGCUGAUCAGCCCCACCUCGCAGCUGGCCAUCACCUCCAGCCUCAUAUCCGUCCAGCUGCUCGGGGUCUUCAUUUGGUUUGCGGUUGACCCCCCCAACAUCAUCAUAGAUUAUGAUGAGCAGAAAACUAUGAACCCCGACCAGGCCAGAGGAGUUCUCAAGUGUGACAUUACGGAUCUACAGAUCAUUUGUUCCUUGGGUUAUAGCAUUCUGCUCAUGGUGACGUGCACUGUCUAUGCCAUCAAGACUCGGGGGGUCCCAGAGAAUUUUAAUGAAGCCAAACCCAUUGGAUUCACUAUGUACACUACCUGUAUAGUAUGGCUUGCCUUCAUUCCAAUAUUUUUUGGCACUGCCCAGUCAGCCGAAAAGCUCUACAUCCAAACCACCACGCUCACCAUCUCCAUGAACCUGAGCGCGUCGGUGGCGCUGGGGAUGCUCUACAUGCCCAAGGUUUACAUCAUCAUCUUCCACCCCGAGCUCAACGUGCAGAAGCGCAAGCGCAGCUUCAAGGCGGUGGUGACGGCGGCCACCAUGUCCUCGCGCCUGUCGCACAAGGCCAGCGACCGGCCCAACGGCGAGGCCAGGACCGAGCUCUGCGAGAGCGUGGACCCCAGCAACUCCAUACCACCAGUAAGAAAGAGUGUUCAAAAGUCUGUUACUUGGUACACUCUUCCACCUACUGUAUAGCUUUUGCCUGCUUUCCAAAAAGGCCCUGCUGCAAAAAAGAAAUACGUGAGCUACAACAACCUGGUGAUCUAGGCCCAGCUGCCGUGGGGCCACCAGCCGCCCUGCCUCGCUGAGCUCCCCGCACGGGGACGGGGACGGGGCCCAGGCACGGGGCAGGCGCGAGGAGCCCGGUUCCAGGCUGGCCCCGGGAUCUCCUGCAUCGCUGCCGGCUCCACCUGGCACGGGCCUGGCCGGGGCCUUGGGACUGCCAUGGCCGUGGGACCACCAUGGCCUUGGGGCUGCCAUGGCCUUGGAGCCGCCGUAGCCUUGGGGCCUCCCCAGCCUUGGGACUACUGUAGCCACAGGGCCACCAUGGUCUUGGGACCACCAUGGCCUUGGAGCCGCCGUGGCCUUGGGGCUGCCAUGGCCUUGGGGCCUCCCCAGCCUUGGAGUUGCCGUGACCGUGGGGUCUCUCCAGCCUUGGGACUACCGUAGCCACAGGGCCACCAUGGCCUUGGAGCUGCUGUGACCUUGGGACCUGUCCAGCCUUGGGACCACCGUGGCUUGGGGCCGCCGUGGCUGUGGGACCACCAUGGCCUUGGAGCCACCAUGGCCUUAGGGCAACCAUGGCCUUGGGACCACCAUGGCCUUGGGGCUGUUCCAGCCAUGGGACCACCAUGGCCUUGGGACCACCAUGGCCUUGGGACUGUUCCAGCUGUGGGACCACCAUGGCCUUGGGGCCGCUGUGGCCGCGCCUCAGGAGCGGCUCCCUGGGCCGGCUGCGCCCGGCUGCUCUGGACUCUAAGGGGCUAAUUCUGUCUUUCUAUGUACUUCCAGACUGCAAGUUUUUGAACUCUCUGUACAGUUUGUGAGGAUUUUUGCAUAUUGCCAUCCAUGUUGUUCGAGGUCACUGUUUGUUUUUUGGAUGCACAGUUUCAUUGAGGCCCUGUGCUCUCGGCACCUCUCAAACCAACCGACACCUGCGGAUCUGAGACCUGUGUACAUGACUUGUAUUAUUAUUCUUGUAUCACUGCAAUCCAUAUACCUUAUUUUUUUUAACUAAACAAACAAACAAAAAAAGAAUUUAAAGACCAAAAACUGUGCUGGCGAAGUUUGUCCCCCCCUUCACACCUCCGAUGGGCUGCAGAGGAAGCAGGAAAGAUUUUUGCUGAGUUUUAGUAGAGGUCUUGAUCUUUGGAAUGCAUGCCAGUAAUGUAUUUUAUGGUACAUGUUAAUAAUUUAUGUUUGAUAUUUGUAUUUGUGUUCUACUUUGUUCUUUUCUUUAAGGUAUAUGACUAUUUUGCAAUAAUUUCAACGAUUCUUAGGAUAUUUGGAGGAAAGAAUAUGGCUUUUACAUGUCUUGAAGUUUUUCUUUGUUGAUGCCCCACCAUGAUUGACCAGUGUGAUAAGGACUUACAGAAGCAUGUAUGUUUUUUACUGUUUGUAAUAAGUAAUUUCGUUAAUCUUGCUGCUUAUGUGCCAAUUUAGUGAAACCAAUCUUUGCCGCAACCUCCUCCCUCCCUUUCCAUUCUCUGGAUCCUGUGAUAUUAUCCAAGAAUGUAUCAAUAAAGGAUUUUGGUUAA